AUGCAAGUAAAUGAUUAUCUUGGACUUUUUGAGACACUUGAGCUCUAUGAUGCCAGUGCAUUUUCUCGUACUUUCAAUGCUGUUGAAGCAGAAAGUGAUAGACAAGUAUCAAUUUUAAUUUAUUAUAAAAAUUUCCCAAGAGAACAGAUUGUCAGUAUUCAACCUCCAGAUAUUGAUUUCAUAGGACUCACAACAGUUUACGAUAUCACCGAAGAUCAAGAUUUUAUUGUUGUUCCUCAGCAAAUCGUUCCUGCAGGCGAUUUAAUUACAAAUUUACUUCCAAAUCCAAUUCUUUCCGAGAGAUACAUAUCUACAAUUGCAUUCUGCUUACUUCAUACAUUAAGAGUUUUGCAUUCAAAUAAUAUAAUUGUUCGUAAUUUAUCUGUUUAUAAUAUUAUGUUAUCAAAUGAACAAUCAUGCCCAUUCAAAAUCAAAAAUUUCUAUCUAGCAAAGAUACUUGAUGUUCAAAUUCAAUCACAUAUUCUUGAAUACGAUGAUUUUCCAGCUCCAGAAGUUUUGGAGAGCAAACCAUACGGACCUCCAUCAGAUAUUUGGUCGUUGGGGUGCAUAUUAUAUUUACUACUCAGAGGACUUCCUCCAUAUCCAUUUACAAAGAAAAAUGAUGCGACAUACAUCAAAGAACACCCAAUCGUCUUUGAUGAUGAUGUUUGGUCAACAAUAUCUGAAGAUGCACGUGAAAUUGUUCAAGGAAUGCUCCAAUUAGAUCCACAAAGAAGAUCUACUGUUGAUGACCUUCUAGAAACAGCCUGGAUCAAUGGAAACUGUUCCGAAUCAAUUAUUGAAGAUGCUCAAUCUGAUCUACAGGCAUCUCUGAUGACAAUUAGACUCCAAAGAUCAAUUGCAGCUGCAAGUUCGAUUGAAGUGUUUAAAUCUUUCAAUCGCCAAAAGGUUUUAUAUAAUUCUAAUGAAGGUAAAAAAUAA